CACAAAAAGCAGUAGGAAAACAAUAGGCUUCAGAUUUAUAUCUCUUAAAGUACACAAAAUAGAGUGAAAACAUCAUCAACAAUAGUUAAAAAAAUAGUUUGCCCCCACGUGUGAAGGAGUUUGAUGUCCACUGCAAAUAUCACAAUGAAUUAAUGUAAAACAUGAAGUGAUUUUAUUAUUACUCAAAGAAAAGGGAUUUCCAGUUUGUUUGGAACAAUGACAAACAUCACAGCUUAGACUAAAUUCAUGAAUCAUAUCAUUAGACAUGCUGGGAAUUUUAGACAAAUGAUUGAAGGAUGUCCAAGACUCAUGUGCCACAAUGAAGAGGAAGGCUUACAAGUUGGAGGUGAAGCGGUAAAGCUCUUGGUACUGGUGAUUGGGCAAAGUGGUACACAUCAUCAUGCUUUUGACCCAUUCCAAUCAACCUUUUUGAGGUGAGGUCCUGAAAGACACAAAAUGGUGGUGAAAAAAUGACAACUGGUUGGUUGAGGACGAACUCAAAUUGUUGGCCAUGUUUGUUGGAUGUUUGAAGAUGGGAGAAAAAGGAAAACAAGGUCUUAAGAGUGGUAGGGCUCUGAUACCAUGUAAAAUUGGUAUGGUUGGAGCAUGCACAGAGCCCCACCUCUAUUCAUGAAUAUACAUGAUGGCUAUGAUUAUGACAGAUCCUUAACUUUAGGCAUGGAAUAUAGCGAGGUCAAAGGAACCUGAUACCAUGUAAAAUUGGUAUGGUUGGAGCAUGCACAGAGCCCCACCUCUAUUCAUGAAUAUACAUGAUGGCUAUGAUUAUGACAGAUCCUUUAGGCAUGGAAUAGCGAGGUCAAAGGAACCAAAAAGGAGGAGGAGGAAGAAGAAGAAGAAGAAGAAGAAGAAGAAGAAACACCAGCUACAGCACUAUAUUUGUGUGGAGCCUUGGACAUUUGAGCAAAAACCUGGUGAGGCUGUCUUCAUUCCUUCUGGAUGUCCCCAUCAAGUCAGAAAUCUGAAGUCAUGUAUGAAGGUUGCGCUUGAUUUUAUGUCUCCUGAGAGUGUUCAUGAGUGCAUUCGUCUGACAGAGGAAUAUCGUGUCACCCACUGUCAUGCUCAGGGACAGAAACUAGAGGCGAAGAAAAUGGUUGUUUAUGCGGUCAACCAAAUCGUAAAGGAUUUAGAAGAUAGCAAAUCUAUCUUUAUGGCCUUCCAUGGGAAUUUAAGAUUAGAAUCACUAGAAAUUGCAACUCAUAAAGAGAUAGUUGCAUUAGUACGGGGCUUUUCGCUGACUAUAUCAUAUAUCGUAUCAGGUUUGAGAGAGAGUGAGAUAAGGAGAAGCCGCUUUGUGAAACAGACAAGAACCCUGCUGUUUAUUGUGUCAAAACCAUAUGAAGUCCCAAGACUGUUGCCUUCUUUUUUGAAAGAUUUGGUCUCGCUAUCAUUCUUGCAAAGGUGCCAGGUGGUGGUGUGGGUUUCUGGUCUGGACAAGUCCAAGCAAAAGCAGUCUGGACUCUGUUGAUAGAGUGAAUAUGCAUUCUCCUCUGGGAAACUCUGAGCUGUCCGACCCUACACCUGGAUGGUGAUACACCUGCCAUCGGUGGCAGGCAAUUCAGACUCAAGUUUCCAAUUAUAGUGAACACCAGGUUACCCCUCCCUCCUUCCAUCUAAUCUGUCUCAAGUGGGCCAUUGACCAUUGUUUUUCACAUCUUACUCUCACAAUUCAACUCUUCCUAUGGACUCCUGUUGUUCCGCCUGAUCUCAUUUUUAUGGUCACAUAUCGUGGCAGGUAUGAAAUGGGAUUUUUUUUUCUUCUUCUGUUACAGGAAUCAAAUGUUUCAUGUCAUGCGGGAGAUGCUUUUUUUUUUAAUAAUGUUUAUCAUUUAAUCCAAUAGCAUUCUGCUAGAUAGCAACAGGUUUUAUGAAUCUUGAUUGCUUUUGAACA